CAGCUACGCUCUUCCAAUUGCUGUAUUUCAGAUUUCCUGAAAAAGCUGCGUCAAGAAUGCAUUGUUUUCAAUUCACUGCACAAACUUCUAGAUUUGACAAUGGAGACGCCACUGAUACUAGGUGACACAUUUCACAGGCCACUAGCGUUUUUUAUAGAAUUGGUAGAUGACUUGUUUAAAUAUAUGCACGCCCUAAGUUUAAAAUUGAAGUACCUGAGCCACCAACUAGAUCCGCUGGAUUUGUUAGUUCUAGAGGAAUAUAAAGCAUCACUGGAGCUGUCUGAAGACUUCGAGGAAUAUUUACUUACAGGUCUAAGCUAUUGCAAGUUUUUACGUCCAAAACCGACGUGCCAAUAAUAGGAAAUUGCAAUUGCUAUCUCUCGGCAUCAAAAAAAUUGUAUGCGGAAUAUUUCUUUCAUAACUUCUGUUUACAGUCUUAAUUACGGUCAGUAUGUAAACACUAUUCUUUCGUCAUAAAUAUAGUCCACAUAUUUUUGAAACAAAAAUACAGUUUUAUACUAAAAGACCUGUUUAUUCAUCUUCAAGUAUGUAAUUAAUAUCUCAUUGAAGAUCAUUUCAUCCGACAAAAUGGCAUAUAUA